GACGUAGGCUGCCCGCACCCAGGCUGCCUGCAGUGACUGCCUCAGCUAAGCGCGACGCGGAGGACAGCUUACCCGUUUCAGUCAGUACCUAUUUGAUCCCACCUGUCGAACAACACCUUUGCACAUUCUGCAACUUCAAUUCUUUCACAACACCAAUUGUGGCCAAUCAUAAUUGCCCACGAUGGAUUUUCUACAGCGUCUCGCGCGGUUCUUGGACCGUCCGCUAUUUCCCUGGAAGAAGCUGAUCGUUGGCUUCUCCCUCGCCCACUACUUCUUCGAAAGCUUCUUGUCUCUCCGCCAGUACCAGGUCCUCCAAAAGACCAAGCCUCCCAAAGUUCUCGAGCAGCAAAUCUCGCAGGAAGUCUUUGACAAGAGUCAGGCUUAUGGUCGCGCAAAGGCCAAGUACGGUUUCGUCAGCAAGCUUUGGGGCCAGAUCCAGAACAUCGCCUUUAUACAAUAUGACGUCCUGCCCAAGCUUUGGGCGUGGUCGGGUAGACUGCUGCUCAGCUAUGCGCCUGCCCGCUUCACCGGAGAAAUCUCGCAGUCCAUCGUCUUCGUCCUCGCCUUCGUCAUGAUCCAACAGGUUCUCUCGCUGCCCACCUCGAUCUAUCACACCUUCGUCCUCGAGGAGAAGUUCGGAUUCAACAAGCAAACCCCCAAGCUCUUCAUCACGGAUCUCAUCAAGUCUCAGCUGCUCACCGUCGUCCUUACCCCGCCCAUCCUGGCUGGUUUCCUCAAGAUCAUCCAAAAGACUGGUGACCAGUUCUUCUACUACCUCUGGAUGUUCGGUGCCUUCCUCCAGGUCUUCAUGAUUACCGUCUACCCGAUCGCCAUUCUGCCUCUGUUUAACAAGCUGUCUCCGCUGGAACCUGGCGAGCUCAAGACAGGAGUCGAGGCUUUGGCCAAGAGGCUCAACUUUCCGCUGCACGAGCUCUAUGUGAUUGAUGGUAGCAAGCGCUCUGCUCACAGCAACGCCUAUUUCUUUGGCCUGCCGUGGAAGAAGCACAUUGUCAUCUACGAUACCUUGAUUGAGAAGAGCGAAACCCAGGAGGUCGUUGCUGUGCUCGCGCACGAGCUUGGCCACUGGAAGCUAGGCCACACCACCAGCCUGUUUGGCAUUGCUCAGGCGCACUUCUUCUACAUCUUCACGCUCUUUUCCGUUUUCAUCAACAACAAGUCUCUCUAUGCCGACUUUGGGUUUGUUCUUGAGCGACCCAUCAUCAUUGGCUUCCUGCUCUUCUCUGAUGCGCUCGCGCCUAUGGAUGUUCUUAUCCAGCUGGGUAUGAACAUUCUUAGCCGCAAGUUCGAGUUCCAGGCCGAUGACUUCGCCAAGGGCCUUGGAUACCCGGUUGAACUGGCACGGUCUCUCAUUAAGCUCCAGAUUCAGAACCUGAGCAACAUGGACGCCGACUGGAUGUACGCUAGCUACCACUUCUCGCACCCGAUUCUGUCAGAGAGGCUUAGGGCGCUUGGAUGGCAGUCAAACGAGAAGAUUGAUAUCAAGGAGAAGAAGAAGACAGAUGAGGGUGUGGUCAAGGCCUCGGGCAGAGAUGAAUUGUAGAUGACGUAGAAGCGGUAGGGGGAGAUGAGUUUGCGUCUUUUCCGAGAUGACGGCCAUCCCGGAAAUGUUCACCGUUCUCGAGGGCUGGCCUUGGGGAGAAGGUAUCUCUGCAUUGUGGUUGGCGGAUCUCAUGUAAGAUAUAAAAAUACAGCAGAGCUGAAUCUGCGAACCGAUUGCGCCCUGAAAUAGAAACCAUCCUUGAAUGCAAUGCACGUUGAUCCGAUAA